AUGUUCUUGGAUCUUUGUCGAGCUGUUUUGAACGUCAACACCAGCUCAUCAAGUACCGAUCGAAUCGAAGCGUGGCUGCCUGACAAUUGGAAUGGACGCUUCCUCGCGACUGGUAACGGCGGCACUGGAGGCUGCAUUGACUACGGCAAUCUUCAGACGGGUGCUAGUUACGGCUUUGCUACUUUCGGUACAAAUGGUGGCCAUGAUGGACAAGCUGGAUAUGACUUCUUCUUAAACAAGCCGGAAAACAUCAAUGAUUUCGGGUACCGGGCAAUUCACGCUGAGGCAGAAACGGGAAAAAAAGUCGUUGAGCACUACUAUGGUCGACCAGGCGACUACAACUACUACAUGGGGUGCAGUACAGGCGGCCGACAGGGCUACGAAGAGGCGAUUCUCUACCCCGAAGACUUCGAUGGCAUUUUGUUGGGCUCCAUGGCUACCGAUUGGCUUCAUAUCGUUGCUUCCAAAGCGAUUCUUGCGCACCGUCUUGGGUGGCCAGACCUCAGCUCGCCCAGCUACGUCAGUGCAGCACAAUGGGCAGCCAUAGUUGCGGCGCAAGUCGCGUUAUUGGAUCCUCUGGAUGGCGUCAAAGACGGUGUCAUCGACAACCCGACCCUUCACAACUUCGAUCCUUCCAUAUUAGCUUGCGGUACUGGCGUGUUGAAUUCUUCCGUCUGUCUUACCGCUGCUCAAGUCAACACCGUACGGGAGAUCUACCAACCACUCGCAAACAGUUCUGGCCACAUUGUUUACCCAUCUUUCGAACUCGGUACACCCACUGGUGUCUUCUCCACCAAUACAAAAGUUGACAACGGAACCACGAUACCAUCACUCAACUAUGGCCUCGUUGAUGACUUCUGGCGAGGCGCAGUGUAUAACGACACCUCGUUCUCCUCGCUCAACUUCACCACGAAACACAUGGAUUUCGCGACCAAUCUCAACCCAGGCGGCAUCCAGAUCGCUGGCGACAAGUCGCACAACGUUUCAGCGUUCCACGCGCGUGGUGGCAAACUGCUUGCAUAUCACGGUCGUGCAGAUCCCACAGUCAUGUCAGGUGUCGCGUCACGCACUUUUCAAAAGACUGCCGAAGCCCUCAAUCUCACCUUGAAUGAGAUGCAUGAGUUCUUCCGCCUCUUUUUUGUCCCAGGUAUGGGCCAUUGUGCAGGUGGUAACGGUCAGUGGGCAAUAGGACAACCGGGCGUUGAACGACCAACUGCAGCAGGGUUCAACGAUACGCAGCACAACAUACUGUUGGCGAUGGUGGACUGGGUGGAGAAUGAUCGUGCGCCGAUUAGUCUUGUUGGCACGAAGUUUUUGAACGAUACGAUAUUGGACGGCGUGGUGGAGAGUCAGAGAACACAUUGCGUGUAUCCGAAUGCGAGUCGCUGGGAUGGCGUUGGUGAUUCGAAGAAGGCGGAGAGUUGGACCUGUCAGUUGGAAGGUGUCUUGUAG